UAUGUUCCGGUCAAGGGCGACCACGUAAUAGGAAUCGUGACGGCCAAAGCGGGAGACGUGUUUAAGCUGGACGUCGGCGGGAGCCAGCAGGCGUCGCUGUCCUACUUGGCCUUUGAAGGCGCCACGAAGAGGAACAGGCCGAACGUGCAGGUGGGAGAUCUUAUUUAUGGUCAGUUCCUUGUAGCAAAUAAAGACAUGGAACCAGAAAUGGUCUGUAUAGACAGCAGUGGAAGAUCAAGUGGGAUGGGAAUCAUUGGACAAGAUGGCUUCCUCUUUAAAGUUUCCUUAGGUCUAAUAAGAAAACUCUUGGCUCCCAAAUGUGAAAUAAUUCAGGAGUUGUCACAAUUGUACCCAUUUGAGCUGGUACUGGGAAUGAAUGGAAGAAUAUGGGUAAAAGCAAAAACAGUUCAACAGACUUUAAUUAUAGUAAAUAUUUUGGAAGCCUGUGAAUAUAUGACUGUAGAACAGAGAAAACAAGCGCUUGCAAAAUUGUCAGGGAAUUGAUAAGAGAAAACCUUGAGGAAUUGUUUGAGAAGACUGUGGGGUGUUUUGGUUAUAUUUGUAUUCAGAUUUAUAUUAAAAGCCAUUUUUUAAAU